UUGAUAAGCACAAGAGCAUGGAGUACAAGCCCCAGAAGAAGGCAUUCUUCAAGCUGAAGGACUGCAUUGAGUUGUUCACCACAAAAGAAAAACUGGGAGCAGAGGACCCGUGGUACUGUCCAAACUGUAAGCAGCACCAACAAGCCACAAAGAAGCUGGACCUGUGGUCUCUGCCGCCAGUGCUGGUGGUCCAUCUGAAACGCUUCUCCUACAGUCGCUACAUGAGGGACAAACUGGACUCCCUUGUUGACUUUCCACUGAGAGAUCUGGACAUGUCUGAGUUCCUGAUCAACCCCAACGCUGGGCCGUGUCGCUACGACCUCAUCGCUGUGUCCAACCACUACGGCGGAAUGGGAGGAGGCCACUACACUGCUUAUGCGAAGAACAAAGACGACGGAAAGUGGUACAACUUCGAUGACAGCAGCGUGUCUCCUGCCAAUGAAGAUCAAAUAGUGUCCAAAGCAGGCUACGUGCUGUUCUACCAGCGGCAGGACACAGUGAAAGGCACAGGCUACUUCGCUCUUGAUCGCGAGGAGGACGAGGAGGAGGAAGAGGAGGGAGAGGAGGAGGAGAACGAUAACGAGGACGAGGAGAGAAGGGAAAAGAAGAAGACGGCCUCCUCCACUCAGGCCGCCUCGUCCGCAACUGCUGCCGCUGCUCAGAACGAUGAGGAGGACCUGAACGAGAACAGGCGCAGGAAGAACGACAACGAGCAGCAGGAGGACGAGGAGGAGGAAGACGAGGAGGAAGACGAGGAGGAGGAGGAACAGACGCCCACACGAGAUGUCGCCAUGAAAACCAACUGAAGUGGAUGCAGAAGAUGCGGAUAAAUGGAGAGAGAAACUGGGAUCUUUCCAUCCAAAGCCAUAUGGACAACACAGCAUGGCAGCGGGCGCCACCAGUCCCACCCAGCGGCUCGGACUCGGCCGCUCCACAGGCGGAAGCCACUGCGGUGAAGACGCCUUUUUAGGUCAGGGAGCUGCCGCGGUACACAAAUCUACUAUCUAAGAAAUCAGGGCCCUCCUCUGUGGUUGUAUCACGGUGUGUGUGUGUGUGCGUGUGUUUGUGUGUGUCGCCACGUCCAUUUGUUUAGGAUUUGCUCACUGAACGACACCAGGGACUGAAUUAUUUUUUGAGGCUUCACAGUACGUUAGUGUAGCACUUUGAAUCUUCCUCUGCUUUUUGUGUUCUAUUUUAAUUUUAUAUAUUUUUGAGAGCAAUGCAUUGUUUGCAUAUCAUUUUUAGUAUCAUUCAGAUAUUUUGUAAAUAUUUUAAACACUGAACCAUUUUUGAACUUGCACAAUCACCAACCAUCCACUUUGGGGUUUUUUUUUUUUAUGUAUUAUUGCCACACACACUGCAGAUGUUGAACAGUGAGGUCGUCUCUUCAAGGUAUUUCUCACAUACAAAGCUUAGGAAGCUGCCUUUAGUGAUUCAGCAGUGAGACGCAUCUGCAGUCUAGACUUAAAGGUCCAGUGUGUGAGAAUUAGAUGAAAGGUCAGAAGUUGAAUAUAUGUCUUUGACAGUAGCUCAGACAGGACGAACUAAACACCUGUUGAGUUUUUAUGACAACUGAAGCCUACCACAGGUUCAUGUUGUGAAGGGGAGGGUGAGGUGAGGGGUAUUCAGCUGCAACAUGAAACUUUAACACUAGAUGUCACUAAAUUCUACACACUGAACCUUUAACAUAGAGAAGUGACGUGUGGUUUUAAAGUGUCACACAGCCAAACUGUCCGAGCUUUGUGCUACUGCUGCUGCUGCUGCUUCUAUGAUCUCGCUUUUUUAGUAUUUAGUAAACUGGCACCAAACUUAGUGAUUUAAGGUCUUGCUUGUGCUAUCAAUCUUGGCUCCUCCGAUAAUUUAUUUCUUAAAUCACAAAAAACAGAAGGAUUAGUAUAUUGUCCAGCUAGCUUUGCAGAAUAACCAAACUGAUUCUAUUUUUGAAAUGUUUUAGAAUUUCCUGGUGUUCAAAUUUCUGUCUUAAUGAACUCGGCAAUUGCAACAGAGACCCUGUUCCGGUAUUAACAUCUGUCCUCAGUCAGCGCUAACACUUGUCUGUAACCAUAAAUUGACUAGUUUGUCUUCACCGACACACGACAGAAAAUCAACCAAACACAGACCAACACAAUCAUUUCUAUUUCCAUUUAUUUCAAAUGAAUGAAAUCUAUCUUCAUAGUAGAUCUGUGCAGAGCUCUUUGAUUCAUUCAGCCCCUCCUGACUCCGCUCCAUCUAUCAACUCAUACUGGGCUAAAACAAGAGAUGACCACUCGUGAUCAAAUCUCUCAGGACGGAUGUUAAUACCAGGUCUGAACGGGGCCUGAUGUUUGUUGUCAGGGUUACCCGGCAGACACAAAUCGUCCCGUCAACUCUCCCUAUGUAACUUUGUAGGUGGUGUUUAAUGCUUUAACGUGGCUCUGCACUCUUUUCUCUUCUUCAUAUUGGAGGCGCUGUGAGAUUGGGAACAUGGGUGAUUUUGCCGACAUCAGAUGCAUCAUCUCUUGUUUGGAUCACCUCGGCCUUAACUCUUAAUCUCAGACCAGUCGCCUUUUCUUUGCACAUCACUGUCACACCGUCUCCAUUACACCGCACACAUCAACGCUUCAGUACGAAUGUCCACAUUUGCUUGUUAUAUCGCAGCCACGGCAUCUCAGUUAUUGUUUUUACACCCACAAGAGGGCCAGAAUGUAUGCUGAAUGGAAUGAACACUGACCAGAUGUAUGUGGUUGAUGCCUUUUGAUUCUUUAUAGGGCCAGGUCUGUUUUUUUUUUUCUUUUUUUCUUUGUUUUCAUGGCUCCCUUUCUUGGUUUGGUUGAAUGGGAUGGUAAUGGCUUUCCUCACCUUUGAUACUCGCUGUAUGAAUUCAUGGGUACUGCUGAAUGCGUCCCCUUCCAGAAGGGCGGGGAGAAGACAAAUGCUUCUUCGUGGCCUGAGCUUUGAGGAUGGGUGAGGGAGAGGGGAGAUAAUCUGAGCGCUGUGGGGGUGAGUCUGCCCGAAAGACCAAUCAGCUUUUUCGGGAUCAUGAUACAGUGAAAAUAUUUUGUGGCAGCUUGUUGCAGGAUAUUCCUCCAUCGAUGUAACCCUAUUCUCCAUGGUGGAGUGUUUGUUUUCUUUUUCUACCUGUUCUUUCCAUUGUAAACAGCAUUAGCGUACCUGUUGUCGCCUCAGAAUAUUACAAGCGUACCAUGCCUUUACCAGCGUCUCCGUGCUUCACCGCAACGCCACUGCCUUGCCUUUCGGGGCGACUCACCCCUUCCUGACUGAGUGAGAUGUGAUUGCUACUAUAGGCUUAUACAAUACUGUACAUAAGAGUUCACUCUGUGAGUGCACAUUUGAUAAAGUUUAUUUAUUUAUAUGUAAGCAUUUAAUAAUAAACAGACAAUAUAUUUAAAACCUUGGCAAGAACUGAAGUGUCGGGUGGGCGGGGGAAAUGUGGCUUCAGUCCUCACAAACAUGCCAGUUUGCAAAGUCUUGCCUGCGCUCUUGUCAGGGAGGGAAUAUUUUUAAGAAAAAAAGGAUGGUUCUGUUGUUUUGGGACUUUUUUUGUAAAAAAAAAUAAGAUAAAAUAAUCAAGACAUCCUUGCAUGAUGACAUAACGAGGGUUUCCAGGUUUGGCUGCACUUGAGUUCACUUGGGUUUACAUUUGAAAUGUGCAUGUGUAUUUAUACACAAUCUUCAAUAAAGUUGUGUAAAGCUUCUUGUGCAUUCUGUGGUGUGUAUGUUAUGUUUCAUUGUUCAUAAAUAAUGGAGGAUACAUCGGUGAUGAUCGGUGUCAAAGCUGUUGUGUAGUUUGUGCUCAUCAUCAUCAUCAUCAUCAUGAGAAGCAGCCCACAUUUCACUGGUAAUAAUAUAAAUAAUAAAAAAUGAAAA